CCUUGCUCCUCUGUUCGUUCAUUGAUUCCCUCUAUUACGCCAGCUAGUCUUCGUUGUCCCGAGUUACUGACGAACGAUGCCGGGUCUAUUGGGCUUCCCGCCAUUCCCUGAGGACGUGCCGACGCACCCAUUACUCAUUGUGGACUAUCAGCUCAUACUCAACCGAGACGAAGCGGAGAUCGAUAAGCUGUGGAAGGCGGCCACAGAGCUUGGCUUCUGGUAUUUAAAGAACCACGGUGUCGAUGAGGACGCCAACGAGAUGUUUGAGAUGGGCGCGGAGACGAUGCGCCUCUCUCUGGAGGAGAAGAUGAAGUAUGAGCAGGGGGACGAAGGGUCUUCCUUCGGGUACAAAGCCGCUGGCGCCAACGCGACAGACGAAAACGGGGCUCUCGACACUGUCGAGUUCAUCAAUGUCGCCAAAGAUGAUGCGCUCGCCUGGCCGGGCAAAGUCCACCGCGAGUAUCCCUCGACCGUCAACGCACGCAUGGAGUCUACAAUCAAGCCCUUCGUCCAGAAGUCAUUAGACGUGAACUACACCCUCCUGGACGUGCUGAACGACAGGCUGGGGCUUCCAAAGGGCACGCUUGCGAAGCAGCAUCCGCUUGAGGAGCCGAGCGGAAGUGAGGCGAGGUGUAUCAAGAAUCCGCCGAAGCCUGGGGGAAUCACAGAGGAACAAGCGGCCAUCGGGGCGCAUACAGACUUCGGGUCUUUGUCGUUCUUGCACAACCGUCUUGGCGGGCUCCAGGUAUUGGUGCCAGGUACGGACGAUUGGCAGUAUGUGAAGCCUAUCCCGGGACACGCUAUCUGCAACCUCGGAGACGCCAUGACCAUCUUCAGCGGCGGUAUCUUGCGCUCGAAUUUACACCGCGUUGUCCCUCCACCGAAGGAACAAGGGAAGUACGAACGUUGGUCACUUGUCUUCUUUACGCGGCCGGGGAACUCUGUACUACUGCGUCCCUUGUCCGACGAGAGCCCCAUGAUCGCUGAGGCAAUCGCGAAGCUCCCGUCUGGCAAAUACAAUACCGGCGCGACCGCAAAGGAUUGGUUUGCGAGGCGAAUUAGGAACCAGAGGAUCAAGAACAGGACGGGCCCAGAAACGUGGCGGAGCAGCAGGGGUACAGAACACAAGCCCUCAGCAUACUAGGA